AUGGAAAGCAUGUUGGAGGGGGAGGAGGAUGAAGCUCAUUUGCCAAUUUCAUCUUUGAGGAGAGAGAAGUUUCAGGAAGCAUCUGAUAAGCCUAUCAGGUUGCAGGGGAAAAAUGGUGUAUUGAAAGUAAUGGUCAAUAAAAAGAAGAUGGGUUUGUCUCAUAGUAGUUACAAUCAUCAGGAAGUUAAGGAUAGAACGGGUUCUAGGUCUGGGGAUGCUUUUAGAAAGAACACAGUGGCGCGACCCUCAUCAUAUUCUGAUUCGAAACAUCCUGAAAAAACAGUUACAUUUGUCAAGACUGAGAAAAGUGAGAUGAAAUUGCGGAAAUCAUUGCAAACUAAGAGCAGUAAGGGUGGGGAUUUGGAAACAGACACCUCACUGAAGCUGAGACCUUCAACUGUGAAAGCUUGUGAUGCAGCAAUAGGGGUGAAAAAUGAAGGAAAAAAAACUCCGCUGACUGAAAAUACUACUACAGGUAGAAGUAAGGAAAGAAAAAUUUCAGGCAGUGUGGGCACAGACAAGCAAAUACUACGUGAGCAGAUAAGGGAUAUGCUCAUCAAAGCUGGCUGGACAAUUGAUUAUAGGCCAAGAAGGAAUAGAGAUUAUCUAGAUGCCGUUUACAUUAACCCCAGUGGAACGGCUUAUUGGUCAAUUAUUAAGGCUUAUGAUGCUCUUCAAAAGCAGAUGGAGGAAGAGGGUGAUAAUACCAAACCUGGCUCGAAAGAGGUUCAAUUCUCUCCAUUAUCAGGUGACUUGCUCAAUAAAUUAACCAGACGAACCAGAAAGAAGAUUGAGAAGGAAACGAAGAAGAGAAGAGACGAUGGUCUUGCGGAGGGAAGUGACAAUGAUCAGCAUGAGGAUACACUUAGUUUCUAUAUGAGGCAGAAUGGCAAGUCAUUGAGAGGCAGAUUGCAAAAAGCAGAUCAUGUGAGUGGGGAUGAUUUGAAUGAAAAUGCAACUAAUUCUCGUAAGAUACAAGGAAGAAAAAGCAGAAUCAAAGGCAGAUGUACUUUGUUGGUUCGUAGUUCUGACGAGGGACAGGAUUCAGAAACUGAAGGCUAUGUUUCAUAUACCGGAAAACGAACCUUGUUGGCAUGGCUGAUUGACUCUGGAACUGUGAAAUUGAGUGAAAAAGUGCAGUAUAUGAACCGUAGACGAACAAAAGUAAUGCUAGAGGGAUGGAUCACGAAGGAUGGUAUCCACUGUGGUUGCUGUAGCAAAAUCCUUACGGUUUCGAAGUUUGAGAUUCAUGCAGGAACCAAAAAGGGUCAGCCAUACCAAAACAUAGUCUUGGAGUCUGGGUUUUCCUUGUUGCAAUGCCAGAUAGAUGCAUGGAACAGGCAGCAGGAGUCAGAACGCCAAGGCUUUUACACCAUAGAAAUUGAUGGUGAUGAUCCCGAUGACGAUACUUGUGGCAUCUGCGGUGACGGUGGGGAUUUGAUCUGUUGUGAUGGUUGUCCAUCAACGUUUCAUCAGAGCUGCUUAGAUAUACAGGUAUAUGUUUGA